GAAUCGAUUCCUCGCGUACUGGUCAGACCACGUGAUGAAAACAAUGGCGACAUGAAAAGUCGAUUAAGGCUCGAAAAAUAGUGAUAAAAUAAUAAAAACAAAAUGUCAUGGAAAUCGAGGCUCUUCCUGCUCGGUGCGAGUGGGUUCUCGGGGGGAAUUGUGUAUUACGUCCACUGCAUGCAGUCGAUAGAACGUGAGCAACUUCGUACGGGAGUUAUGCGAGAGGUUGAACGCCGAGCGACGAAUGCCAGCAGAAAAACGGAGAAUGUGAACCUCCUGAAUCAGCAAAGGGAGCUGGAGAACUACCUCAGGAAGGAGCAGGAGGUGGAACGUGGUGGUCAGGGGUAGACGAUCCGUUGUUUAUGGUGUAAAUAAGUUAUUUAAUGUACUUGAUUUGAUGCUACUGGGUUGAGGCAGUUUUUCUAGCUGAGGUUUUAUAUUAAAAAAACGUACAGUUAUGAA